AUGACAACCGCAGCGGCCCAGGCCGCCACCGAGGAUAAUUACUACCUGCUCGAGCGCGACUCUGUCGAGACGAAACGCCUCGACAAUCAGCACGAAUUCAUCGUGCGCAUCUGCGGCGGCAGUCUCUUGCACAAGGCCAUUCCUCAGGAUAAGAUCUUUUCCGUCGCGGAUGUAGCCACUGGGACUGGAAUCUGGCUCCGCGAACUCAAACAAUACCUCGACUCUACACACCCAACACCCACACAGCCGCGCGUGUACCACGGCUUCGACAUCUCCGAUGCACAGUUCCCCGCCGACGUCAACGCCAGCUUCUCGCUGCAAGACUGUCUCAAACCGUUCCCAGUUGAGCAUCACGGCCGAUAUGAUCUGGUGCAUGUGCGACUGCUGGUCGCAGCCAUCAAGGGCGCGAAUUUUAAACUAAUUGUCGCGAAUUUGAAGCCUCUUUUGAAACCCGGCGGCUAUCUGCAGUGGGAAGACCUCGACAUGGGCUCAUUCCUCACCACAUCCGAUCCCAAAUGGGACUCGACACCGGGCAUGCAGACAAUGCACUAUCUCAUAAACGCCCAGGUUGCCCUAGGAUCCAGUGCGCAUGUGCCCGAGGCCGUGGCCGCAGGCGCCAGAGAUGCAGGACUGGUGCAGGUGCAGACAGACUACUACAACACAAACGCGCAUCCGGAGCUGGACGAGACGACGCGUCAGUGGAUUCUUAAUGCUACAGUGCCGCUGAUGAGGAGUGUGAAGAUGCGCAAUGCCGGUGCUACGGCUAAUGAGGAGGUUAUUGAUAAGGAGGUGGAGGCACAUGUGGCUGCGGUCAAGGAAACGUACGCUCAGGGGUUGGUGAUUCAUGGGGCCAUAGGAGUUGUCAUAGCGAAGAUGCCUGAGCAAUGA